AUGGGAUUUACUACUAGUGAAGAUGAUAAGACGAAUUUUGUAGCGCGUGCAUGGAGUUGGAUUCAUCACUUGUCCAAGACGUUAAUAGCUAAAUUUGUUGGGAUCGCGACAAUGGCGAAAAAAUUGGCUCAAGAUGAUCCUAGAAGGGUUAUUCAUUCCGCCAAAGUUGGACUAGCUAUAACUUUGGUGUCUUUGUUCUACUAUUUUCAACCACUAUAUGAUAGUUUUGGUGUUUCGGCUAUGUGGGCUGUUAUGACUGUAGUGGUUGUCUUUGAAUUUACUGUUGGAGCAACAUUAGGAAAAGGAUUAAAUAGAGCAUUGGCGACGUUACUAGCAGGUGCAUUAGGAGUUGGGGCGCAUCACUUGGCUAAUCUUUGUGGCAAGAUUGGUGAACCUAUCCUAAUUGGAUUAUUUGUCUACAUAUUUGCUGCAGCAUCGACAUUUAUGAGAUUUUUCCCAAAAAUAAAGGCGCGAUAUGAUUAUGGGUUCUUGAUUUUCAUAUUGACGUUCAGCUUCAUAUCCAUAUCAGGGUAUCGAGCAGAUGAAAUCAUAGAUUUGGCACACAAGAGAUUGUCAACUAUCGUAAUUGGUGGAUCAGUUAGUUUGCUUACUAAUACACUCAUUUUUCCGGUAUGGGCUGGUGAAGAAUUGCAUAAUUCAGUUGCCACUAAUAUGGAAAAACUUGGUCAUUUCUUGGAAGGAUUUGGGGCUAUAUAUUUGAAAACAUCAGAAGGUGAAGCAAAUACUAAGGAUGGGAACAAAUCUUUAUUUCAAGGCUAUAAAAGUGUUCUAAAUUCGAAGAAUACCGAAGAAAUCAUGGCAAAUUUUGCAAGAUGGGAGCCAAGACAUGGACUAUUUAGAUACCAUCAUCCAUGGAACCAGUACAUUAAGUUAGGAAGUCUUAUCAGGCAAUGUGCCUACAGGAUUGAUGCUCUUGAUGCUUAUUUUAAGCCUGACAUUCAGAAACCAGCAGAAAUACUCCAAGAAGAAAUCAGGGAAGCAUGCACCAAGAUAAGUUUGGAAUCAAGCAAAACAUUGAAAAAGUUAGGAUCAUGCUUAAAAGCUAUGACACACCCUUCUUGUUCAGUUAAUGCUCACAUUGUAAGCUCAAAAGCAGCUGUGAAAAUCCUCAAGACUUUCCUCAAAUCAAGCUCAUUGUAUAACCAACACUCUGAGUUACUACAAAUCAUUCCAAUUGCAACAUUAGCUUCUCUCCUCAUUGAUAUAGUCGAUUGCACUGAGAAAAUUGCAGAAUUUACUUAUGAUCUUGCAACUCUUGCGCGCUUUAAGGUUGCUAAUGAGUCUAAUAAUCUCGAGGAAAAACCAAUAAGAUCCAAUAUUAAUCAACUUGAUCAUCAAGGUGUAAAUCAAGUUUCUCAAGUUGAUUGUCCUCAAAUUGUGAUUUCAGUUGCUGAAUUAACUUUGAUGACUUCAAAGUCAGUUGAUCAUCAAGGGAAUACUAUGGUGGCAAAUUCAGAUGGGCAACAUAGUUUAGAAGAUUAGUGCUAUAUGAAUUAGUCAAUAUAUGUAUAGUCUUAUAAUGGAUAACAAAAUCUUAAUUAUUUACUGCCUUGAUGAGAUGUUCAACUACUUAAGUCCACCAUAUUUGAUGUUAGUGGAAAAUUUAGUUGGAUUUUUAACACAAUAAGAAAAAUUCUAGCCAAUGAGGUCUUAAUCUAAUGGUUAAGGCCGAGGUUUAAUAUA